AUGGUGAAAGAAAUCCCUGAUGGACAAGAGAAGUGUAAGGCCCUUCAGAAAGAGUUGGAGAAUCUCCAUGAGACGCUGACAAAGACGGAGGAAUCCUUGGAGAGAGUACGAGGGAGUGAAGCAUCGCUCAUGAGCAGUGUGGAAGGACUACAGGAGGUAAAAAUGGUGUUGGAUGCCAGGGUGACUGAACUAGACGAAGAGUUGAAGGCUGAGAUUGGGAGAUACCAGUCUCUGAAACAGGAAGAUGCUGCCAAGCAGGUGGAAAUCGGGAAGUUGACCGGCAAGGUGCGGGAGUUGGAGGAGGCCAAGAUGUCGCUGGGUAAUCAGCUGACGGAGCUUCACACAGCGUCACAGCAAGAGAAAGAGGACAGAGCCAAGGAGGCGGCAGCCAUGCAGGAGGCCAAACAGCUCCUGAUCAAGCACAAGCUGGACCUACAGUCUCAGCUGAUGGACAAGGAGACCCAGCUGGCCAAGUUGGAGGCGGAGUUUGGCGAGAGCAAAGAGGUGGCGCACAAGGUGCAGACAAUGCUGAGGGAUGAAUCGGCCGCUUUGCAAAACAAACUAGCCAGUGAAGAACAAGCCAAGGCAGAUCUACAGCAUCAGAUGGAGGAAUUGGAGCAACGUUCCAACAUGCAGCUCAGUGCUCUGAAUGAAAACCUGGCUACGCUACGGAGCGAUCUCUCACAAGCCGAUACCAGGAAACAAGAGCUGGAGAAAGUUGUGGAUGAACUCAGGGGAGAAGCAGCAGUGCUGGAAGCAACCAUUCAGAAUAAUCAAGAUGAACGACGAACCCUCUUGGAAAGGUGUUUGGCCAGCGAGGGCGAUGUAGAGAAGCUGCAGACCAAGGUGGUGGAGCUCCGUCGGAAGCUGGAUGACGCCCAAGCGGCCAUGCACGAGCUGGGUCGGGAGAACCAGAACUUGCAGAUCGUCCAGUCCAAGCAGAUGGCUCGCAAGUGGGCAGAUGACACCGAAGUCAAGUCCUGCAUGGCGUGCGACAAAGCGUUCUCUGUCACUGUCAGAAGGCAUCACUGCCGUCAGUGCGGCAACAUCUUCUGCAACGAGUGCUCAGCCAAAUCUGCCACUAUCGCGUCUUCCAAGAAGCCAGUCCGUGUCUGUGAUAACUGCUACUCGGAGCUGACAUCAUAACCUCCCCCUCCAAGAAGCCAGUCCUUGUCUCUGACAGUUGCUGGUUGGGACUUUCACCUUCUUUAAUGGAAUCGAAAAAAUUCACGCCGUGAUUUUCUGUGUUUUGGAGCUGGGAUCGAGCACAGGCAAAGCAAUGAGUCUGCCAUGCUAACAUUCACUUCUUGAAGUUACUACAUGAGGAAUGCAUUCUUAAAUAUU